AUGUCUUCCUUAACUCAACACAGAUACCUCCCAAGCUUUCACCACCAUGGUUGCACAAAAAGCACAUCCGUCCACCGAAUUCGUGUCUAUUGCUCCACCAAAACUACUACUACUAUGAAGUCCAAGCCCAAUGCUGAUCAGUUGAUCGUUGAGCCUAGAUUUGCGCCGCUGCCAACCGCGGCUAACUAUCCAACGGAGAGUGACACAAGUUUGCAAUCAACAUGGUCUCAUCGCGCAUGGGUGGCGGUUGGAUGCACAACUUUGCUAAUCUCUUUGGGAGAGUCUAUAAAGGGUUCAAUGGAUAUGAACAUAUGGGUUGAGCCCAUUUUGGCAGGUUGGGUUGGUUACAUCUUAGCAGAUCUCGGGUCCGGAGUUUAUCAUUGGGCCAUUGAUAAUUAUGGAGACGGGUCAACUCCGUUUGUCGGAGCUCAAAUUGAAGCUUUUCAAGGCCAUCAUAAAUGGCCUUGGACAAUCACUAAACGUCAAUUUGCCAACAACUUACACGCGCUUGCGCGUGUCGUGACCUUUGUAGUACUUCCCAUAGACCUUCUUUUCCACGACCCUAUACUUCAAGGUUUCGUUGCGGUCUGUGCGGGUUGCAUUAUGUUUAGCCAACAAUUUCAUGCAUGGGCUCAUGGGACAAAGAGCCGGCUUCCGCCUCUCGUGGUGGCUUUGCAGGACAGCGGAGUGCUCGUGUCACGCUCGCAGCACGGGGCGCAUCACCGCCCACCGUAUAACAAUAACUACUGCAUAGUAAGUGGAGUGUGGAAUGAGUUUUUGGAUAAAAAUCAAGCUUUUGAAGCCAUGGAAAUGAUAUUGUAUUUUAAACUUGGAGUUAGGCCAAGAUCAUGGAGUGAACCUGCUUCUGAGUGGUUGGAGGAUAUUCAAAUUGCUUCUCAAACCCAAUCACAAUGA